AUUCUAACCAUUGAUCACUUUGCAGAAUAGUGAAUCAUUAAAAAGUUCUUCUUCCUGUCUCGCUUUACUUUCUUCUCUUAUUUUUACCAUAAAAUGCAACUGUUUGAUCGAAUGGCUAAUGAUUUUUCUGUAGUCAUUGGAUAUUUCGAAAGAUGAAGAAAACUUCUCUUCACUGAUCAUGAUAGAUGUAAUGUGUUAAGUUUCGAAUGAAGUAUACGUGCCACGAAAGCGAAUCUCAAGAGUAUUCCCGAGUCGAACAUCUUGUAAGCAAGAUCUUGGUCAAGAUCUUAGGUACAGAAAAAUGGACAGAUCUUGAAAAUUUAGGUACAAGAUAAUCAUAUUAUCUUGUAUCAAGAUCUUGAAUUAGAUAUUGGGUACAUACACGUAAGAUCUUGGGUACAGAUUCAUAAGAUCUUAGGUAGAGAUUUAUAAGAUCUUAGGUAUAGAUCCGUAAGAUUUGGAUACAUACGAAGAUAAAAAGUGUUGCAGGUAUCGUGAUUUACGACACAAUCCAUGAUACAAUCUGAAAGUGUGGUUCAAACCUAUCUUACAGCAUACUUAUUAUUUUCUUUUUCUGUAAAAGCAUAUUAUUAAAUUUUUUCAAUUUAUCUUGAUUUUAAUUAUUCUUGUUCCGAAUAACUGAAGUAAGUUCGAUCUUGGAGCUUGCCUGUUCUUGAGAUGAUUCGAUCUCCAUCAGACGGCUUCAGGUAGUCCUCUCUCGAUCAACGAUCAAGAUCACAAUUUCUCGAAUGAUUAAUAGUCGAGAAAGAGUUUAGAAAAAGAUUAUUUUGAAAAAUGUAUGUUUCGUAUGUUCAAUCACGUUGUUUAUAUACGGCUCUGUAUGCAUAAAAAAAACGGUGAAUGACUAGUCAGUAUGUAAUCAAUAAACUAAUGAUGUCGCUUUUUGGUUUUUUCAAGAUCUUGUGAGAAGAUAAUAUUGAAUGAUAUAAUUUCCAUGUUCUUAACAAGAUCUUAAGCACAGAUUUAUUUGAUACACCCAAGAUAUGCACAUACAAAUUAUCUUUUCAAGAUCUUCUCAAGAUCUUGCUUAUCGGUCUCAAGAUUUCAAGAUCUUGCUUAACAAGAUGUUCGACUAGGGUUUCCAGACCGUCGAACAUUUUUAUGGCUCUUUUGAAUUUCUAAGUAUAGCAUCGUUCAGAAAUGCAGAUGAUUGUUCUGUCAUGUAUUUUGAAUAGAUAGAGAAAUAAGUCUUUUCAAUUUUGAUAAUUUAAAGUUCAAUCAUGUUCAAUAGAGAGAAAUCAUAUUUGAAAGGAUCUGAGAAAAAUCAAAAAGAUCAUUUGAGAUUUUCAAUUUCUCUUAAGUUAAUCUCAACAAUGGCAUAAAUCGAGAAUCAACACUCAUUGAAAUAAUACGAUGUUUCGAUUUUGGCUGAUGAACUGAUCGAAAUUUGUUAAAUAUUGUUGAGUCAAGACUUGUGAUAGUCAAAUAGAAAAAGUCAUGUUAUGUUUCUUUCAAAAGUUGCAAUAAGUCGAACAAAACAAUAAGGAAGUGAUCGAGGAAUUUUCUUUGAAAGAUCAUUAUGAGAAAUUUGAUUGUCUUUGCUCUCGACUGACAUUCGAUGAAUGAUAAAGAAAUGAAUUAUGUUAAGACUUUGUCGUGAAAUUUUACUCUGUUUAAAUGAGAGAUUAAUUUUGAUCGAAAUUCAAUAGUUAUUUCAAUCGUCUAUAAGUAUUUUCAACAACUAUCUAUUUGAAAAAAUAGGUACCGUCAAGUUUCUUCACCGCUACUAAUGAUCAAUGAUGAUUUUUUAUUAUUAAAGCUUGUUUCAGAGAUGAAAAAUCUUUCGACGAUGACUAGAUAAACAGAAAAUUCGAAAAUGCAAGUGUUAAUUAUCAUUCAAUAAAAGCUUUCAGACUUUUCUAUAUUCAAAAAAUUAAANAUUAAUAGUCGAGAAAGAGUUUAGAAAAAAAUUAUUUUGAAAAAUGUAUGUUUUGUAUGUUCAAUCACGUUGUUUAUAUACGGCUCUGUAUGCAUAAAAAAAACGGUGAAUGACUAUUCACUAUGUAAUCAAUAAACUAAUGAUGUCGCUUUUUGGUUUUUUCAAGAUCUUGUGAGAAGAUAAUAUUGAAUGAUAUAAUUUCCAUGCUCUUAACAAGAUCUUAAGCACAGAUUUAUUUGAUACACCCAAGAUAUGCACAUACAAAUUAUCUUUUCAAGAUCUUCUCAAGAUCUUGCUUACAAGAUGUUCGACUAGGGUUUCCAGACUGUCAAACAUUUUUAUGGCUCUUUUGAAUUUCUAAGUGUAGCAUCAUUCAUAAAUGCAGAUGAUUGUUCUGUCAUGUAUUUUGAAUAGAUAGAGAAAUAAGUCUUUUCAGUUUUGAUAAUUUAAAGUUUAAUCAUGUUCAAUAGAGAGAAAUCAUAUUUGAAAGAAUCUGAGAAAAAUCAAAAAGAUCAUUUGAGAUUUUCAAUUUCUCUUAAGUUAAUCUCAACAAUGGCAUAAAUCGAGCAUCAACACUCAUUGAAAUAAUACGAUGUUUCGAUUUUGGCUGAUGAACUGAUCGAAAUUUGUUAAAUAUUGUUGAGUCAAGACUUGUGAUAGUCGAAUAGAAAAAGUCAUGUUAUGUUUCUUUCAAAAGUUGCAAUAAGUCGAACAAAACAAUAAGGAAGUGAUCGAGGAAUUUCCUUUGAAAGAUCAUUAUGAGAAAUUCGAUUGUCUUUGCGCUCGACUGACAUUCGAUGAAUAAUAAAAAAAUGAAUUAUGUUAAGACUUUGUCGUGAACUUUUGUUCUGUUUAAAUGAGUUAUUGAUCUUGACUUUUUCGAAAAUGAAUAUGUGUGUCCAUUGUGAAAAUCAGACUGUAUGAAACUUUAUCAAAUGUUUCUUAAAGUGUCAAUCAUUUGUUUUUGAAAAACAAAAAUAGUGAGAGAUUAAUUUUGAUCGAAAUUCAAUAGUUAUUUCAAUCGUCUAUAAGUAUUUUCAACAAUUAUCUAUUUGAAAAAAUAGGUACCGUCAAAUUUCUUCACUGCUACUAAUGAUCAAUGAUGAUUUUUUAUUAUUAAAGCUUGUUUCAGAAAUGAAAAAUCUUUCGACGAUGAUUAGAUAAACAGAAAAUUCGAAAAUGCAAGUAUUAAUUAUCAUUCAAUAAAAGCUUUCAGACUUUUCUCUAUUCAAAAAAUUAAAAAAAAAUGAGAUUACCAUUGAAACAUUGUUCAACAUGAUCAUUGAAUAAAACUAUUCUUUCUCUUUUACUCUCUUGAUCGAAGUUCUUUAUUUCAAAUAUCAGUUUUCAUCGGCGUACAUUAAUCAAAUCUGAAUAAAUGAAAAUUGUCUUUCGUUUCAGUACCAUUACUACGUAGUGCAAAUCUGAAUGACAAUGCCAAAUGGAUACAAAAUGGUUUCACUAUUGCUGGAGGAGAUUGGGGUGGUAGUGAAAUGAAUCAACUCUACAGUCCAAGUGGUUUGUGCGUUGAUGAUGAUCAAAUUGUCUACAUUGCUGACUGUAACAAUCAUCGUAUUGUGGAAUUGAAAUGUGGUGCAACGAUUGGUCGAGUUGUGGCUGGUGGAAAUGGAGAAGGAAACAAUCCUCAUCAAUUGAACUGUCCAAGAGAUGUAAUUAUUGAUAAAGAACGAGAUAGUCUUAUCAUUUGUGAUUACAAUAAUAAAAGAGUUGUUCGAUGGCCUCGUCAAAAUGGUACAAAUGGAGAGACAAUUAUUUCAAAUGUUGGAUGUUGGGGCUUGACAAUGGACGAUAAUGGAUUUCUCUACGUUGUUGAUUGCGAUAAACAUGAAGUUAUACGAUAUCGAAUGGGAAAACGUCAAGAAACAGUCGUUGCAGGUGGAAAUGGACCAGGAAAUCAUCUCGAUCAAUUGUAUCAACCGAUGUAUGUAUCCGUCGAUCGAGAUCAUUCAGUUUACGUAUCAGAUUCGAUCAAUAAUCGUGUGAUGAAGUGGAUGAAAGAUGCGAAAGAAGGCAUUGUCGUAGCUGGUGAACAAAAUGAAGAAAAUAGUCUUACUCAAUUAUCAAAUCCUUGGGGAAUUGUCGUAGAUCAAUCAGGUACUGUUUAUGUGGCUGACAAUGAGAAUCAUCGAAUAAUGCGUUGGCCUCAAGGAGCUACACAGGGGAGUGCCAUCAUUGGUGGAAAUGAUCGAGCAAGCCAAUGUAAUCAACUCUAUUAUCCAAUUGGUUUGUCAUUUAAUCGAGAGGGCAAUCUCUAUGUGAGUGAAUAUGGCAAUCAUCGAGUACAAAAGUUCAAUAUUGCUCAAAAUUGA